CGGAACUACAGAUCAGUGGCCAUUGAAUUUCAGCCAGUGGAACCAAACUCAAGGAGAAGGUAACUCAACUAUGACUUCCUUGCUUUCGCUAGAUUCUGGUAAUUGCAACAAAACUUACCUGUCUAUAGAGGAUACCUGGCCUUGGUUGGCUUACAUUCUUACUAUUAUUAGCGAUGGAAUAGUGGACUAUUAUCUAUGGGCAAUAUGUGCAGUAGGUGUGCCUGGGAAUAUACUUACCAUACUGGUAGUUCUGACUAUGGAAUCGGUUAGCCCAGCUUCAAUUUUGGUGGCUACGCUCUCAAUGUGUGAUUUGUUGACACUAGCUAUCAAGUUCAUCGGAAUGCAGUUCUACCUCUUACGAAUCAGUGUGGGGACCUCUGGUUGCAUCGUCUCCAUGGCUCUGGGAAUGUUCCUAGGCUCCAUGGCGAACUGGUCUCUGAUUCUCAUCUCUGGUGAGAGAUGCAUAGCCGUCUGCUUCCCACUCAAGCGCGGCUACUUGUUGACUAAAGGCAGAGUCUGCAACACCAUCGCAGCCAUGUCCGCCACACUACUGGCAAUCAGCUUGACCACGUCCAUCUUGACUGUAGAUGAAGUGACGGGGGAGUGGUACUGUUCUCCGGACGUGGAGCACGGAGCGUUCUACUGGGUGAUUGGAACUCUGUACGUCAACGUCCCUUUCGUCAGCAUCACCUUCUUGACCAGCGCGGUGUUACGAGGUCUUCGCCUCUCCGGCAAGAGGCACGCACGUCUCAUCAGGCAAGCCACUGCAGCAGACAAAGCCGACCCGAGACAGACCAUUGCCAAUAGAGCUGAGGUCACUCUUACCACCAUGAUGGUUGCUUCCGCCUUGCUGUUCCAGGUUCUCUUUCUUCCUGCUCUUAUUGUCCCUCUGGUCUUCAACCCGCCUGCAGAUGAUAUCACAGUAGAAGCCCAAUGGAGACUCUUCUCUGAGAUACGAUACCUCCUUCUUGAUCUUUCACACGCUCUAAACUUUUUCCUCUACUUCGUUACAGCCAAGAAGUUUCGUAGCCACGUCAUCAAGCUGCUGUCUGUAAGCUACUGUUUACACACACUUAGAAGAAGGAUUGGCCUCAGAGGAAUGCGUCAUUUGGAUUGAUUUUAUCCAAGAUUCAGAUUUGAUUUUCCUUGGGCUGUUGAUGCAACAACACAACAGUGUUUAAUGAUUUACUGCAUAGCUUAAAGAGUUAAGACAAAAACAACUCCCUUAUAAUGCCAGAUUAUAGAAAGUGGAGGCCCCCGAGUAGGAUUUUUGAGAUCUACCUGUUCAAGCGUCAAUAUAAAUGCCCCUAAUUAUAUGAAUUCAUUUAAAACCAUGUCAUAUUUUGUUAGGAAUGAACUAUUGAACACGCACAUUUCAUGUUAUCUCCCUUAUUUUCCUAUUAAAAUGCAUAUUUUUAAAAAGAUUGUUUAAUUUUGAAAUGUGAAGGCUCCGUUUAAUGGUUAGAAAAUGGGCAGCGUCCUAAACUAUCGUAAAACCGGCUCGAAAUGUUCGUUCAGUAAUAAACUUACCUCAGAAGAUAUGUCCUCCUUCAGUCGUAGAACGACUAUUGUUCAUUUCGAGCACUUUUUCAUAUGGCUGUGAAGCCCUAUUUUGGAGAGACACUCCCGUCCACAUAUAUUGCAAGUCAAGGUGACUUUCACUUUGGUGGUAGAGGAGCUGGCCAUUUUCCGUGUGGCACGCUUUUUUUUUCAAGAGCUGAGGCCCAAGUCACAGUCUCUCUCCAACUAGUGUGGUCUAAUGCCAUGUCUUCCCAAUGGUCGAUAUCCAUGUUCACUGCUUUGAAAUCCCGCUUUAUCACAUCUACGUAACGGAGGGGGGGGGGGCAACAUGUUUUUUUUUAGCCAGACGCGAGUUGCCCGUACAGAAUGAUUUUCGGGAUGCGAUUGUCCUCUAUCCCUCGUACAUGUCCGAGCCAGCGCAGGCGGCGUUACCUAAGGAAUGUAAAGAUGCUGGGAAGACCUGUUCUCGCGAGGAACUCGGUAUUGCACACUCUUUCUUUCCAUGUUAUUUUAAGGAUCCUUCGAGGCAGCGCAAGAGGAAUGAGUCUAGUUUCCUCUCUUUUGUGUAGGUUGUCCACGACUCACUGCCGUACAGUAGCGUGCUAAGAACGCAUGCCCUGUAGACCUUCAUUUUGGUCGCUGUGGUGAGCUUCUGGUUUUCCCAAACUCUUGGUCGGAGUCUAGCGAAGGUUGAUGCGGCCUUCCCUAUGCGUUUUUUUAUCUCCUCUUCUAGAGACACCUUGGAUUAAAGAUCCAAGGUAGCAGAAUUCGUUAACGGCAUCUAGCUUGUUAUCGUCAAUGAGGAUGGAUGGUGGUAGCAGAUGGUCCCAAAACAUUAGUCUAAGACAAGAACGAGUUAUAAACGUUAGGGUGUUUGAUCGAGACCUAGCUAAUCAUCCGACGAUGCAGAAGUCUUUCUCCAUAAUUAAGUCAGUUUAGGAAUAUGUUUCUUCAUAAACGCACAAUAAAAUUCGAAAAAAGUUGUCUAAAUAAAUAUGUGUGUUUGUAUUUUGCCUUGAGUUAAAAUUAGUGGCAUGUUUCACUCUACACUGUCUAUUUUCAAAAGCCAAAUAACACCUCCAGGUAAUAUGAAAAAAAAAUGUUUACGCGCAUAGCACCGAA